CAAAAGCCCGCUAAUAGCCCAUUAAUAACGUGAUGCGAAAUGGCCCAGAAAGGCCCAAACACACCUCGUCGUUUAGGGUUUCAUGUCUCCCAGCUUAUAUAUAAAAUAAACCAUUAUCCAACGCAUAAUCUCUUCUCGUUGGCCGUCAUGGUGAAGUACUCGCAAGAACCCGACAAUUCCACCAAAUCUUGCAAGGCGAGGGGAGCAGAUCUCAGGGUCCACUUCAAGAACACUAGGGAAACAGCGCAUGCUAUAAGGAAGCUACCCUUGCUCAAGGCGAAGAGGUACUUGGAAGAUGUGAUAGCUCACAAGCAAGCUAUCCCCUUCACACGUUUCUGCCGUGGUGUUGGGCGUACUUCUCAGGCGAAGAACAGGCAUUCAAACAGUCAAGGUCGUUGGCCUGCCAAGUCUGCUCAGUUCGUUCUUGAUCUUCUCAAGAAUGCUGAGAGCAAUGCUGAGGUCAAAGGGUUGGAUGUUGAUGCACUUUUCAUUUCUCACAUUCAAGUGAACCAAGCAGCAAAGCAGAGGCGGAGGACAUACCGUGCUCAUGGAAGAAUUAAUCCUUACAUGUCAAACCCAUGCCACAUUGAGUUGAUAUUGUCGGAGAAGGAAGAGCCUGUUAAGAAAGAGUUUAAAUCUCGUCGUAAUGUCAUUGCACUUCUUAGUAUAACUGUGGGACUUGCGGUAAGUUCUUAGAUAUUAUUUAUCUUGUAUUUAUUUUUAAAGUUAAAUCUCUUUUUUUUUUUUUUUACAUUUUAACUGAAAAUGAAAUUUUUUGACAAUUUUUUUUGAUAGAACUAUGGUGCUUUCUUUGAAAGUAAGCCGGCUGGAAUCACUGGACCCAUUUUUAUUACUGGAAUAAAUGGUGAUGAAACUAUAGUUAAGGACUUGUCUGCUCAUAAAUGGAGCUAUAAAACCGGUUUAAAUGGGUUUGACAACCAACUCUUUAGAACGGAAGCAAUGUCUAAAUGGUCAGUUGAAAAUGUACCGUUUAACCGAACCAUGACUUGGUAUAAGGUAAACAGAUGUUAUUAUAUAUAAGAUAACAAACCAAACACUUGUUGAUUCAAUAUCAAAUCAAAUCAUUCCAUUUUUUCAUUCAGGCUACAUUCAAGUCUCCCUUGGGAAAUGAUCCAGUUGUUGUCGAUCUUAUGGGACUUGGAAAAGGUACAGCUUGGGUCAAUGGAAACAACAUUGGGCGUUAUUGGCCGUCAUUCAUUUCAAGCGAAAAUGGUUGUGAUGCAAAAUGUAAUUAUAGAGGUGCUUAUCAUGCUGAAAAAUGUCUGACCAAUUGUGGAGAACCCACACAAAGAUGGUACAUGUUCCACAUCUUAUUUGGUUCUAGAAUAAAAUAUGUUAAUGUUUAACCUGAGAAAUCUUUACAUAGAUUUUGUUGCUUUGUUAUUUUCUUGAACAGGUACCAUGUUUCUCAUUCUUUCUUGAAUGCAGAAGGAGAUAACACACUAGUUUUGUUUGAAGAGAUGGGAGGAAACCCAUCGCUUGUCAGUUUCCAAACUACUAGAGUAGGAAGUGUUUGUGCUAACGUCUACGAGAAAACAAUUAUUGAGCUUUCAUGCGGCAGAAAACCCGUUUCUGCCAUCAAAUUUGCAUCCUUUGGUAACCCAGAUGACAAUUGUGGAUCUUUUGAAAAAGGAACUUGUGAAUCAAGUAAAAACACGGCUGAUAUUCUCACACAAGAAUGUGUUGGAAAAGAGAAGUGUUCCAUUGAUGUCUCAACAGAAAAGUUUGGUGCACCAAAUUGCAGUGGUGCUCCUAGAAGGCUCGCUGUCGAAGCUAUAUGUUAAAUGGUUUUCUAGAUUUAUGGUGUUUUCUUUAUCAUAUUUUCAAAUUAUGCUAUAUAUUUUUUCAAAGAUUUAAUUCUUUUAAUAUUUAUUGGUGGUUUUUUUAUUCAAUAAAAAAACAUAUUCUUAUAUA